AUGUGUCUCAUAAUCAGCACCACCGCGUUCAAAAGCUCCAGAAACAAAUCUACUGCCUUGAGUAAAAAGAUGGACAGCAUCAUGAUCGACGCUACGACGGGCGUCGUUGGGGUCAAAACGCUCAUUUGGCACAUCAUGCCGGAACUCCAUAGCUCUUCGGUACUGAAAGGCGUGCAUCGCGCCUUGGAGGGCUCCGGCGCCUCGAUGGACAGAACCCUGAUCAAUGGGAGGUUCACCAAAACAGCCACGGUUGACCUGUGCUGCGACAUUCUCGAUAAGAUGAGCGGCGCGAGUUGGCAGCAGUGGCGGCAGUCGUCGGGUCCGGCCUUCAAGAAUGCUCUCCGCGAGCGCGUCGCCAGUGUUGUCUCAUCCGGUCAAGUCGAGCAAGCUCACCCACCGGUGCAGCAGGCGGAGGAGGGGGUCGAGAAGAAGGCAGUCGUUCUGCGCAAGGCGCUUCGGGCCAUGAAUAUUGAAGGGUCGGUUCGGGUGGAUGAAAAUACGGGGAUGCUGUCCGACAUCGACGUCAUCAACAUGCUGUGCCCGGGUGCGUCUCCGGAAGACGCUGCACACAUGCUUACCCGUGUCCUUGAAAAAGAGGCUGCGGGUGGCGCAAACAACCAUGGACCAACGGUACAUGGUCCGGUAGCCCUUGCUGAUCGUAUCAAACGUAUCAAGAUCAACGGUAAAGGCAACCCUACCCCGGUAAGCGACGCCCCGACGGCCAUCGAGAUCAUUUGGCUGCUCCCCGCGCGCGCCGCACGCGAGUUCCGCAAGCAGUCCGCCGACACCAUCGCGCGCGUCCUCGGUGGCGAUGUCUCGCUGUGCGCCGAGAUAGAGCAGCGAUGUGCGCGCCUGCAGAACACCGAGGACGGCAGGGCGUACCAGUCUGUCAUGACGGGACAAGCGCCGACCAAAAAGCACAAGUCAUUGCCGGAAUGGUUCGAGUACGCCACGAGCGACCAGAAGAGCGCUUAUGUUGCGGCCAAAGUCAAGAAGAGCGUGGUCGUGACUGAACUUGAGAUGCACGAGGUGUGUAAGGUUGGCUUGGAGUCGGUCGGUCAGUUCGCUGGGCGUGACGAAAUCGAGUACGCCGAUAGGAUCCGGGACACGCAGAGGCGCGCGAGCAGGGCUGACAACCUCUUGGGCGCCCCGGCCCCAUCCCCGGGGGAUGUCGGUGAUUCUUCCACGCUCAUCGCGACCCCUUUUGAUAACUCGAUCGACCCGGAGACAGGGAAGCUCAUCGCGACGCACAAGGUCAGCGCAAGCGUUCGGGGUCCGGAGACAUCCAUCUGCGUGGAGGCGGCAAAGCUCGGCAUAUCGACCGGAGAAAGGGCGGGACAGGUCGGCAAAGUGGCCAAGCGCCUGUAUGGCCAAAAGUACGGCGAGGAAGCCAACCGCGACAUUCCGACGAGGCACACUACCUUCAGGGGAAAGCCUUUUGUCGAAAGGACCUAUUUUUCACGCGACGCCGAUCUUAUUCAGCAAGCGAUCCGCAUCGUUUGCUGCCCCGGCCAAGUUAGCACGCCGUGA